AUGAAUCUCGGCGAUAUGCCCGACGACGUGCUCAUUCGGCUCAUGAACACUUCGUCUCCGCGAGAUGUGGCACGUGCGAAACGCCUCAACAAACGGUUUCAUCAAAUUGUGGAACAGUACAAUCUAGGAAAGCCGUGCGUGAAGGAGUUCUGGUGAGUCCGCUCUUUCUGCUUUUGACGUCUCUUGAAUUGUGUCAUUUCCAGCAUCGAGUCCCGUGUAUCUCAAGUGUCUCCUUCAAAAGUGGGCCGUCUCCGUCUCGGAGCAGUCACGUCGGCUCCAAAGCGAAGAACGGUGGUGACGAUGCGAAGAGAGAAGGGGAUAAAGAGAGUGGAACGAGUCGAGGAGUCCUCCUGCUCCUCCGAUUCUACCACCUCGUUUGUGCAGGAGAACCUGAAGAAAGUGGUGCUUGGGGAGAAGCUUUCAUUUGAUGGUGUCACUUUGGACGAGGACUUUUACAAUAUGCUCAUUGCCAAGCCGAACUCUUUGAAGUAGGUUUUCUUGAACAUUUCGCAAUCCUGAAGUAAUUCCACGCGUUGGCCGAGUAUUACUGUAAACAGCCGUAUGGCAGCGAAACUGUCAUUCCCUUCGCCCCCUUUUCGCCUCUCUCUCAUCGGACACCCCAGACACACAGACACACACACAUCAAAAUGUCGAAAAUGUCAAACAAGAGUGUGCCGAUGAGAGAAGAAACUGACUGACUGAAAUAUAUCACAUCUUUUUUGACUUUUUGACACGUGUCAACACGCGAACCCUUUCUGCAGACAAGUCACAACCGUCGCCCUCUCGCUGUGUCACAUCCGACUCUCGUGGACGCAGUUCGCCGAGUUGCUGGCUCGGAUGACCGUCAAGCGUCUCUACCUCGACUUCUGCACAUUCAACGCGUCGCUCAUUUCUGACAAGGUAUCGUGAACGUCAAGGUUUUGAAACUCAGCGAUCGACUUGCAGGUGUUGAUGUCUCUUCCUCAUCUGGAAAUCCUCCAAAUCCAGCCCCGCUACCCUUGUUUCUUGAACGAACUGACCGAUGAGACGCUCAUUCACUGGGCGACCAACGGAAAAGUACCGAAAAAGAUCCUUCUGCGCAGUGGAAUCGGAUGCCGCAUUUCGGUCGAAGGAAUUCGCGUUUUGAUGACGGUGCGUGAGCUUUUUUUUGCAAACAUUGCCACGUCACAAUAUUUCAGGCAGAAAUUAAUGCAUGCAUUGUUAGGAAUAGAAGAAGUUCACGUGAAAAUAUUGUCUUCGUUUGCAGAGUGCCCUCUUGGACCCAUCUUCCGUUCCGAUCGAUUGGGACUUUGGCCUUCUGUUCGAUCCGACCAACGCCGAAUCAGUGCUCCUCUCGUUCGUGCUCUCUCCCGGAUGGCAAGUGAACAUCUCCGACGAUCUGCGCUCCCGUCGGAUCCAUCUAAAACGGCAGAACUGCGCACUCCAGUUCUGCAUUCCCGCUCCAUUCCCGACCGGUCCGCAUUCGGCCGCUAAUGUCUAG